CUAAAAGGAAUAUUUUGUUAUUGCUGAGGUGACGUUAGCGGUGUCAUGUUUACAAUUUAAAAGAGAAAAAAUACUCAGGUGAUUUUUGAAUCAAAUAAAUUUAAACAAAGCCGCACUAGUGAAAACAUACUUGCAAAGAACAGAACAGUAACGUGCAUUCGUAAACCGUCCAAAUUAUGUACAUAAUAAUAAAUAGAAAUUGAAAAAUCAAUAUGAAGUGAACUCAGAUUUUCAAAAUUUUCUUAUCGGAAUAUUUUUUGCCAGAGCUACAGAGUUUAAAUUCCAACUUUUAAUUGUCGGUGUGUUGCAUAUUGUUUUGUUGAUUUUGUGCUCCAGCCAAUUAAUACUUUGAGCGACAAUCUAAUUUUCCCUGAAUUAAUUUGCAAGGAGAAUAUAAUUUAGCACUUAUAAUAUUAACAUUGCGACAUCAACUUAAAAGAAAUGGCUUCCAGUCAAACCCGAACCGAUGCGAGCCCAGAUGUAGCUGAUGAUGACGACGAUUUUCAAGAUGCCUUUGACGUUGAGCCAGUGGCUGAAGGCGAUAUGGACCUUGACACUGCACUCACUGAAGCGAAACUGGCGAUCAAUUAUUUUUUUAACAAUAAAUUCUGUGAAGCUCGAAGCUUGCUGCGGCCCUGGGCCCAUAGCAGUAUGUAUCAUUCGGUGGGAAAUUGUGUGUUCGCCUUUCUGGAAGCAAUGCUCACUUUCGAACAGCAGCACAUUAUUGAAGCGUCUGAGGCAUUGAAGCUCUGUUUGCAUGUAUGUAACAGUCACCGGAAAAAGACCACGAUCACCGAAACUAUUGGCAAAACUUUUAAACGCUCAAAUUACGAUCAAUUCACCGAAAUGGAGGCUCAUGCUGAGCUGUGUUCGGCGGAAGCGCUAUUGCUGAAAGCAAUGCUCACGUUCGUAGAAGAUGAAACGUUAACUAGUCUGAUUAAAGGUGGCAUGAAGAUCCGAACGUGUUUUAACAGUUACAAAGAAUGCAACAAUAUUCUGAAUCAGCGAAACUGGCGAAACGAUGCAUCAAAAUCGCAUUUUGAGAGUGGUGUUCGAAUGGGAAUGGGGACAUUUAACUUAAUGAUAUCACUACUACCGAGUCGAGUCAUAAAGCUUUUGGAAUUUAUUGGAUUCUCUGGCAACAAGCAAACAGGUAUGCAAGACCUGAUAGCCGGUAGUCGAAUGACGGGUAUACGACAAGUGCUAUGCGUAAUGACACUGCUAGGCUAUCACCUAAUUGUAUGUUACGUACUUAGUCAUCAGGAAGGUGACUUGGAAUUUUGCGACGAAAUGCUAAGUGAACAGUUGCAGAUGUAUCCGGAAGGCGUGUGGUUCUUAUUUUUUAAGGGUCGUCUAGAAUUUAUGAAAGGAAAUCUGGACGACUCUUUGUAUUGGUAUAAAAAGUCAUGGCGAUCGCAGGAUGUGUGGCCUCAGUUUCAUCAUUUGUGUUUUUGGGAAUUGCUCUGGGUGAAUUGCGUAAAAUUGGAUUGGCGCGAAGCGACACAAUUUGCAACAUAUCUAGUGGAACGAAGUAAAUGGUCGAGGACAAUUUAUACAUACCAAAAGGCUGUGAUAAUGAUGAUGAUCAACCCUAACGAACUUACAAAAACCGAAUCAGAUACCAUUGAGCAGUUGAUGCGGGAUGUGCCCAAAUAUAAGCAACGAAUUGCUGGCAAAUCCUUACCAAUGGAAAAAUUUGCUAUUAAGAAAACUGAACGAUUUUUCAUACAACAACGACAAUUAACUCUACCAUGUAUUGAAUUGAUGUACCUAUGGAAUACGUUUAAAAUUCUAGGAAAACACUUUUCUCUCGGCGAUAAUAUUUUGAAAUUGAUCGACAAAGCUCUGAAUGACAUGGAUAUUAAGCCGAAUGUAUCGAAAUACGAUUCGGACAAUAAAGCUCUACUGCUAUUGCUCAAGGGAGCUUGCCUCAGGCAGAUGAAGAGUCCUAUGCAGUCGUUGAAGUGUUUAGAGGCAGUGAUUAACCUGAACAAAGAUAUUAAAGAAGAUUUAUACAUUGUACCGUAUGCGAUUGUCGAAAUCGGCUUACUGUAUGCUGAUCAAGGCCGUAAAGAAAAUGCUAUUGCUGCUCUUGAAGAUGCCAAGAAAAACUACACGGGAUACUCACUGGAAUCGCGGUUACAUUUUCGAAUCCAUACAGCACUGACUGAAUUGAAAGGCAAACAUGAUUACAUUACGUCAGUGGCAGAAUAGAAUCAUCGGACUAAUCGGCAGUAAUUGAUUAGAAAUAGAACUCAUUGUUUCUCCGUAUUAUAAUCCUUUCCGAUUCUGUUUUUUUUGUGUUUGAAACUAAUUUCAGUUGAGAUGACUGAAAUUAAAAUUGUAUAAAGAUCUCGCCUGACCGAUAAAAAUCCACCAAGACAUAUUUGAAAACGCGAUGUUACAAUUCGAAUGAGAGUAUUAUGACAUCGUGUUAUCGUUCUUGUUGAUGAACAAGUAAAUUGAGCGAUUUGGUAUCAAUUAUGUUACCAUGACUCCAAAACAGACAUAUAUCACAGAUACUCAAACAACUGAAAUUUUUAAUUUUUACAAAUUCACAAAAUAUUCAAAUUAAUUUAGCGGACCAAUGAAGCUCUUUCAUGUUCUUAGUUACCAUAGCUACUUAUCAUUUGAUAUUUUCAUCAUUUUUUUUAGAAUUAAAAUAAAAAUAAGCUCGAACGGCUAGAGCAUCCGUAAUGGUCAGUUCUAGUGAAACAAAACUUUUUUCCCCUUCCUAUGAUGCGAUUGUGUUUAGAUGUUUCUUCAUUUAUUUUCUUGUAAUAUUUGGAACCUGCCACGGACGAUGCUCUCAGCGCCCAGAUAUAAAAUAACUAAAGACUGGACCAAUGGUCCAGCGACGCAGAUCAGAAAAGCAAUAAUUUUGUAAUCUAUUUUAAGCAAUCUAGUCACUUAUGAAAUGGGUGCUCAAUGCCAUGAUUAUAUUGUAUAAAAUGUAUUUCUGAUUUGUUUAGUCAUCAAUUCUUAAAAAAAACUACACCCAAUUUCCAAAUGAAAAAAAAAAUGUUAUUUGCUCGUUAGAGAGGCUAUUAAUAUAUUAACAAAAAGUUAACAAAACUAAAGAGAAUUUUUUGUUAUUAUUUAACCAAAUAACCAUACCAAAAAACAAAAAAUUUUAAACCUAAGAUUUUAAGUGAAGUGAACGCACGUGUUAACAUAACAAAUCCAAAUUUGUUUUUAGUUUUAUCCCUAAAACUCCUUUAAAAGAAAAAUGUCAAUGUUUUUACAACGCAAGUUUGUGUUAAGAUUUAUUUAGCUGGAUUGUAGCUGUAUACUGGUGUAGUUGUUACUGUUAUUCCGAUUUUAAAUUU